AUGUUAUGGCCGCAUAAAUCACAGUUUGUCAUAAACGCAUUCGAGAGGGACAUGAAGUCAGUGCAUCUCAUCUAUAAUUAUGAUGCACAGAACCCGGAAAACGGUGCGCCUGAGAAAUGGAAAUAUGAGAUGUGGUUCUACAACGAAGAUCGAAUCGUUUACGCUAUUAAUGGGGGUCCAAUGGCCGGGCGUAUCAACUACCAGAGAGUCGACUAUCAGUGCAUAAGAGAAGGCGAAUUGUGGCAGUGUAACUGGUUGGAAGAAGCAGCCCAUGGGAACAAACGCAACCAAGUCGAUCUAGAACGCUGGCGAAAGCUCGCAAAUAUCGGGACGCAGACCAACCACCAUCUCCUACAUGAGCAGGCCACUGUUGUAAAUAAAUUCAAAGGACGUGGGGGCUUGGAGGAGAUUGAGAUGGACUGGCCGACUUUAUGAUACAAAGAUACUGCAAUCGGUAUUCAGAUGCAGUUGAACUCUCAAUAGUACCACAGUGUCAUACAAUGGGCGAUGAUACAAAUGCAAGGUUGGGAUCGGAACGACAUGCUACCAUUGCGAACAUCGUAAAUCUCUCAUAGAAUGAUGUCUUCAAGAAAAUAAAUUCGUAAAAC